UUUACAUUUGUGGAAGAAAACUACACGUGCUAAAUUAUGUUAGUAGAACCACAAUGACUGGUUACUCAGAAACGAAUUUAACCAGCACCGUUUUCAGUAUUUUGAGAUUCCUCUCCAAUGAUAUCAUCUGUCCAGUUGUCAGAAUUUCGAUGAAAUGAGUGAUGCCAAAAGGAUAUUUGUUGGUGGCCUCUCACAAGAAAUAAAAGAAGAAGAGUUAACUGAACGCUUUCAAAGAUUUUGUGAAGUUUUAAAUGUACAGAUUAAAAAGAAAAAAGUUGAUGAUGCUCCAGAUAAAAUAUUUGCAUAUGUGAAUGUGAAAUCUACACCAGAAAAUUUGCAGAAAUGUAUAUCUCUGUAUGACAAGACAAAAUGGAAAGGAUCAGAACUAAGGUUACAGUUGGCGAAAGAGAAUUUUUUAACAAGACUGGAGAAUGAAAGAAAAAAUGGAUUUACUGUGGAGGAAAAGAAAAAUUUCAAACAGGAUACCAUUGAACAUCAUAAUCCUUAUGAAAAUCUUCCUGAUCCUUCAAUAGCUGAAAUGAGAGGCUGUGUACCUGGUACAAAGGUUCCAGGAGAGAAGAACUGGGUUGUUGGAAAGUAUGGGAGAGUAUUACCAGUAGUGUAUAUCAGGAAUAAAGACAAGAAAAAGGUGGUAAAAGUAGACCCAUCAAAGUUUUGCCACAAUGUGAAAAGAAUGAAAGAAGAAGAGACAACAUCUGUGUCAACUAAGAAACAUCUUACUUUAGAAAUCGAGGAUGUUGAUAGCGAGAUUGUCAGAAAACGAAAGGGAGAAUUCCCAGAAUGGACCAGUAAACCAAACAAACAGAAAAAAUAUGACUUUGAGGCGCUAAAGGAGAAAUACUUAAACAACAAAACUGAUAUACGUUCAGAAAAUUUGAAUAAAGAACCUGACUUUGAGGUUGUAUCUAAGGAUACAGUUGUUUCCCGGCUUGGUCAGACAUUUGACAGUGACAACAGUGAUUCAGACUCUUACUAUAAAUCACUGAAGGAUUCAAGGUCAAAGUCUUUUUCAAAAACAUAUUUGUCUGAAUCAUCUGAUGGAUAUAACUCAGAUGUAAGCAGUGAUGAAAGUGUUUCUUGUAGUGGUGAUGUUGAUUUAGAUGUAUCUGAUUCCAAAACCAAGCAAAAUGGUAAAAUUUCUCAGAAAGACAACAUGGAAAACAUUGAUGUAACCAAAUUCAGAUUCAGUAAUUACAAUGAACUUACAAGUAACUAUGUCCAGGAAAAAAAGUCAAAACCCAAGAUUCAGCCAUUUAAGGGAACUAAAAGAUUGUAUGAAAAGACUGAAUCAGAUACUUGCAAGGGUACAAACAGAUUAGAAAGUAAUCCUGCAAAAGCAUUUGAUACUAAAAUAACUCCAAACGUAAAAAUUAGUCCUUGUCAUAAUACAAGAGAUAAUUUUGAAAGUAAAAAAGAAGACCUAUUGAUUCAAAAGAAUAAAUCUAAUAAAACAGAACGUUCAGUAACACCUUUGGUGUUAAAAGACAUGAAGAAAAAAUCACAAAAACCACCAUCACAAAUAUUUCCUCAUGGAGAUGAUGAUGGAAAUGUUUCUGCAUCAUCUGCUGAUACUGAUGAAAUUAUAAAUAAGUCAAAAUGUAUGUCACCCAUAGAAGAUACAGAUCGUAUGUUUAACAACAUUUUUGAAUUUUCUCCAUUGCUUUCAUCUAAAGGAAAGAAUUCUGGGAAAAUUGAUGGAUCAACAGUAGGUGAAUAUUCUAGUGGUUUGAUUAAAGGAGAAAUUCAUGAAAAUGAAAAUUCAAGUGAAAACUUUUCAACAGACGACAGUGAUGAGAGUGACUUUGAAAAAUUUGCAUUGAAACAGUCGCAGAAGGCUAAGGAAAUGAAUAAGAAAGAACCUGCAAAACAAGCUCCAUUGGUGAAAAAGAAUGAAAUAGAAAAUUCUAGUCAGAAGACAGAUAAAGUUUUGGAAAAUUGUAAAUUGAAUGUCAAGUCUAGAAUUGAAAGAAAAUCAGAUAUGAAUGAAGAUGAAGCAAAAGACGAUGAUUCUUUUAUUAAUUUCCAAAAUGAUUUAACAAGUAAACCUUUAAAGGGAAAAAAUAUUCAAAAUGAAAAAUUAUCAAAGUCCCUUGUGAAUAAUGAUGACAAAUUAAAGGAAAAAACGAGUGAAACACAAAAUUUCUCCAGUAAAAGCACAACGAAAGAAAAGAAACCUAACAAAGACACAAAUGAGAAGAGAUUAGAAUCUCUAAAGCAGAAACAAAAGGAAACCCUUGCUAAAAAGUCUGCCAUUCAGAAUGCCUUAGCUAAUAUUGAUGCAUCUACUAGGUCAAACAAGAAAAUUAUAUUUGAUGAUAGUGACAGUGAUAGUGACAGUAACAGUGAUAGCACUGCCUCACAGGUCAUUGAAAGUAAGGAUGAAGAAGAGGAUUCUACAGAUGACAGUGAUGUUGAUGAAGCAGUGAAUAGUAAAACUUUGGAAAAGAAGAAUGUUCCUGCAUUAUUUGAUAAUUCAGAGAGUGAAUCAACAGAUAGUGAAAACGAUGAAAAAAUGUUCAAAAUACGACCCGAGUUUGAAGGCAAAUCAGGACAAAAGAGAAUGGAAUUACAGUCUCGCUAUGGUAAUGAUGAUAGAUUUAAACUGGGUGAAAGAUUCAUAGAUAGUGAAGAAGAAAACAUGGAAGAAGAUAUUGAAGAACCAACAGAGGAGGACGAGAGAGCAAAAUCAUUGAAAAUUUUAGAACAAGUUAUGGGUACCAAAAUUAAACCAGAAAGGAAGGGAAAACUGUUUAGAGAUGUGUCAGCUUUACAUUUUGACCCUAGUAGAGAAGACCAUACACACUAUGAAGUGCAAGCAGAAAGUCAACCAAAGAAAGAAAAAAAGUCAUCAAAAAAGAGAAAAGAUACUGAAGUCACUGAGAAUGAAGAAAAAGAAGAAGAUUUGCCAGAAGUUAGCAAGGAGAAGUUUUUUGCAGUUUCUGAUUCCCUAAAAGAUGCAUUUAAACCAAGCAGUAAAGAUUCAGAUGAACCAAAAGGAUUUUCCUUAUUGUCAGCAUUUGGCUCUGGACCUUCCAAGGAACAUGAUUAUGAACAUGAUGAGAAUGAAGAAGAUAGUGGUAUGGAAACAUUACAGCACAAAUCCAGUUUGUUUCCAUGGGAACAGCAGUUUGAUGAUGAAAGCAGUGAUUCAGAUAGGAAUGAUGGAAAUGAUAACUCAGAUGACUCCCAGAGUGAUGAAGAUAUGAAAGAGAAAGAACCUAUUGUUUUUAGCUCUGCAAAAUCCUUCUUUUUCUUUCAAGAGAAUGAUGAAAGGAUAUCUGAAGGAAUAAAAAAGUUUGGUAGACAGGACGAUCUAGAAAUUGUCAAAGAAAAAUGGUUACAAAAAAGACCAGAUCUUGUUGAGGCGUAUAGGACAAAACAUAAAAGGCUUUUACGGAAGAAGAAAAUGGAAGGAAAACAUGGCCAUAAGAAAGUAGAUGUUCACAAGAAACAUGCAGUUUUAAAAAAUAGAUAAAUUAUUAAAGUACGAAAUAUGUAUUAAAAUAUUCAUUUCUUCAAUAAAAUAUACAUGAAAUGA